AUGAACCCAUUUCAAAAACAAGUUCCCGGUUACUCUGGCGACAACACUUCCAGUAUCUAUAGUCGAUCCUCCGACACGGCCAAAGAUGCCAUACCUAUGACUUCCAUACCAACUACCCUACAAAUCAAGCCAUCUCUCCCUGAGAUAAAUCUGCUAGACCACCAAAUCUCUAUGGCUCGCGGAUCUACAAUGGCCUUGGAAACCACACGGCCGCGACUGAGGAAAUCCAAAACUCAGCCCGAGAUGUCAAUUGCAGAAUUGAAGGCUGAACGAUUGCAGCAACAUACUCAGCAGGGGCUUGAAAACGACUUCUAUUGCAAGUGUUUUGAGAGCUUCCACAAUCUCGUCAGCACCACAAUGGACGCAACCCAAACUUUGGCUCUGCAGUAUCAUUUCAACUCUGCAAACCACCCCUCCAGGGAUCCGCGCUUGAUUCGAGCUAUACUUUCAUUGAGGGUGGGUCUUGACAGAUCCCGAGCCGAGGAAGCCAGCGCAGAGCAGGAGUGGAAGCAGCAGUGGAAGCAGCAGUGGAAGGACUCUUCUGCUAGGCAGUCGUCACUCCGAUGGCUUUGA